AUGGAUGAAGCAAUUGUAAAUAAAAUAGGUGAUCGUGAUCCAAAAGAUUUCAAGACAUUGGUACUCGAUCAGAGAAGAAUACAGCGAUUGGGUGAUCUCAGACCUUUCACUGAGCUCGAGAUUCUCUCAUUGAACAAUUGUAAUCUACAGUCUAUAGAAACACUACCUACACUUCCUAAACUUAAAAAACUUGAAUUAAAUGAUAAUAGAAUCUCUGGUGGAUUAAUGGUUUUGUGUAAAUUCGAAAGAUUAGGAUCGCUAAGUCUAAGUGGUAAUCAGAUAAAGACAUUUGAAGAGUUGACUCCACUUAGUCUAUUUUCAAUGUUAUCUUCAUUGGUCGGUUUAGAUGAUAUUGAUGUUGAUGCAGAUGAUGAAGAGGAAGAUGAUGAAGAAGAUGAUGACGAAGAUGAGGAAGAUGGUGAAUUUGAUGAUUUGAUCGAUGAGGAUGGCCAAGAGAAUGACAACAACCAGGAGCAAGAGUCUGAGGAAUCGAGUGACGAUGACGAUGACGAUGAUGAGGAUGAAGACGAAACAGAUGCACAACCAGGUCAGAAUGGACAUACCUCUGGCUUGAGAAUCCCAGUGACAAACAACCAUAAUAGAUUGCAAAAUGGCGGAGGAGGUGGUAACCAAGAGGAUGACGAUGAGGAUGACGACGAUGAUGACACAGGUUAUGACGAUGAUGAUGACGAUGACAACGAUGCCGAUGAGUACGUCCAGACUACUACCACCACUACCACAACCACCACAUCGACAUCGACUUCCACCACCAACUCGGAACUUGGCGACUCUGACUCUGACGAUGACUCGGAUCAAGACGACUCUGAUACAGGCCUGAACAACAGCGGCAAACACUCCACCUACAGUAACAAAAAAAUCAGCACCACCAGCACAACUAGCACUUCCAAUAACAAUGCAUAUCAGGCACUGAAUAACUAUAAUGAUGAAGACGACGACGACUAUGUGCCGUCGGACGAAGAAGAGGAUGAAGAUGAAGAGGAUGACAUUGACGAGGAAGAGGAGAAUGAAGAGUCACUGGACGACGAUGAAGAAGAUGAAGACAAAUUAGUUGAACAUUAUAAAGCACUCAGAAGCAAAGGUAUCAAGCCAGGCGAAGAGGAAGACCUCCAAGAUGAUGAAGACGACGAAGACGAUGAAGAAUCAAGUUUUGACCUAAAGAGAAAGAAUAAUUCACAAGAGAAAGAUUUCCCAAUUCCAAAGAAACGUGCACUAUAG